CAAUAACCAUACCCAGCGUUUGCGAUGAGGGUUGGAUCGCCUAUCGAGACGAGAAGUGUUACCGUGUGUUCAACACAACCCCUCCCAUGACAUACGCCCAGAGCGUUGAAUUUUGCGCCGGACUCCAGUCGUUGCCGUUUAGCACCACUUUAGUCACCAUUCAUACGGCGGACGAGCAGUCAUUUCUGACCCACUAUUUGACCGGAGUUUUCGCCGACGGGACUAACGUAUGGAUCGGCGCCCGACAGCGUCGUCGGUCUCGCCCUGGUUUCCAAUGGACCGACGGUACGGAUAUGGAGUACAGCAGAUGGCUGUCGGGUCAGCCCACGGACGCCCCGGGCUAUGACUGCGUGACAAUGAAAUCACGGUAUUUGGCGAAUGGAAGGGUUAAAACAGACGGCGAGUGGGCAAACGUGUUGUGCGGUUUGGCACACGUAGUGCUCUGUCAACGGCUACAGUACUGGACGUAUCAACAAUCGCAGCCCAUUUUAAUGGCUACCCGUAGGCGCACCAAUUGGCUCAGCGACGAGCUAGAUGCGUUAGACGUGUACAGUAUCAUGAUGAAUUCGACAACGUUUAAAAGAACACAUGAUGUAUUGCCAGCCGUACCACUGGUGGUGAAGAGUCCAUACCUGUCCACCUGGUUGUUUGGCAGGGAAUUGUUCGGCCAUUGGGCCCAAUUCUACACCGGAGCCCAUACAAGUAUGACGGGCUUCGUUCGUGUCGACAGUCAGGCCUAUAAGUUUAUGGGCGCUCACUAUAUUGCUCACGAAAAGAUACUCCGAGCCGUACAGUCGGGUCUUCGCGUGACACCAACGCAAUCAAUCUUCACGUUUACCGCCGGACCCAUAGAACUGGUCGUAAACUUCUUCACUCCUAUCGAUCCGACAGAUCUCAAGCGUCUGUCACUUCCGGCCUCUUAUAUAUCAAUGAGCGCCCGAUCUGUCGAUCACAAGACACAUGAAGUGCAGGUAUAUCUGGGUAUGACUGGGGAAUGGGUUACCAGUGAUCUCAACCAAGUUGUUGAAUGGGACGUACGCGAAGUGAACGGCAAAUCAAAUCUAGUUAAUGGUGACUUUAAGCUCAAAAAUGAAAAAAAGUUUAAUGAAAAUAAAGAAUUACCCGAAUGGGGAACCAUUAAGUUUUUCACCGACUCGACCGCCACUUAUGAAGCCAAUUUUGUAGAUACUAUGCGCUCAAAGUUUAUAAAAACGGGUCGACUCGACAAUAAUGUAGACAGAAAUUAUCGUAAAGUAUCCGACAAUUGGCCGGGCAUUGGGUUCGCGCGGACACUGACCGCCGGCGCCACUCAUACGGCGGCAAACACUGUGUAUUACGGCGUCGCUCACGUCAGACGACCGGCCAUUGAGUACACGGACUCACAUCUGAACCAAUUAUGGGAA